AUGUAUACAACUUUACCAAGAGUUAAAUUCUAAAGUGAAUAUCCAGUCAAAAAAGUAGUGAGUCCAUAAAUUGAAUUACCAGUUGAAUAUUAAUUAGUUGAAAAAGCAGGUCAAGGGAGUUUUGGUGAAAUUUACAAAAUUUACAAUACUUUAACUCGCACUUUACAUGCUUGCAAAGUUGAGUUUAAAGAUACUAGAUAAUAAAAUUAAUAAUCAUUACUAGUUAAAGAAUAUAAUACAUUCUAAUAAUUAAAAGGAAUACCAUAAGUACCUUAACCUUAUCAAUUAAUUUAACAGUAAGAUUACAAAUUAAUAAUGAUGCCUUAUUAUGGAUCAGGUAUAUAUAAUAUUAUUAUUAUUAUUUUAGGAAAUCUAGAAGAAUUAAGAAAAAAGUAAAUAAAUGAAAAGUUCUCUGAAACUUGUAUUAUUAGAUUAGCCUAUUGUUUAAUCUAAGUUAUUGAAGCUGUUCAUGAAAGAAAGUAUGUACAUAGAGAUAUAAAACCUGAAAAUUUCUUGGUAGGUAGUUUUGGUGAUCAUCAUACUGUUUAUUUAAUUGAUUUUGGUUUAGCCAAACCAUUUGUUGAUGCCUAAGGUUUUUAAAUACAAUAAUAAAGGCAUUCAUAUCUAACAGGCAGAUAAUAAAGGAAUGGUUGGAACUGCCAGAUAUACUAGUAUAAAUUCCCAUCUUGGUGCUGAAUAAAGUAGAAGAGAUGAUUUAGAAGCUAUGUGUUAUGUAUUACUAUAUCUAUAUAAUGGAUAAUUACCAUGGUAAAAUUUUAAUUGUCAAACCAGACAAGAAAAGUUUUAAAAGAUUCUUGAUGCUAAAUAAAAAUUUGCAUCCGGUUAAUUAGAUAUUAAUAUUCCUCCUAUUCUUAAAAAAAUAUAUGAUCAUUCUAAAGGUCUAAGAUUUGAUGAAUAACCUAAUUAUUCAAAAAUGAAAGAACUUUGUAAAGAAGUAUUUAAUAAGCAUAGUAAAAUUAUAUAUAUAUAUAUAUUAAUUAUAUUAGAACCUUAUUGUUUUGAUUGGUGUGUGUCUGAUUGUAAAAUUAAACCUUAUGAAGAUAUUAAUGAUGGAUAAAGUGAAUUAGCUAGUGAAUUCUCAACUAUUAAAAAAUAAUUAAAAGGAACUACUACUGAUUAAAUUAGUACUAAUCAUAAAAAAAUUUUACCUUGUGAAUAAAUUUAAGAAGAAGAUGAAGAAUCUAUUAGUGAAAUACCUAAUGUACAAAAAAUAACCAAAUUUUAUUAAAAUAGAAAGCAUUGA